CACUUCAAGGACCAUCCAGUCACCAUGCAUCCGACUUCAAUCGCCCUGAUUAUGAUCUCAACCUCAUGCCUCAUUUUGGCCUUCAAAGCCUACUGCAUUGGCAUGGUCUGGGAUUGUCAUCGGUACCUCCUAUUAAGCAACAGGCUUGGUCCCCUUCGAGGUGCUAAUGCGCGCAGACUGCCCUUCUUCUGGAGUGCUGUUUUCCGCAGAGGUUAUCCUUCCACGGAGGACAUUGAUGUCGACCUAGAGACUAAUCCUCAGGAUGCCCCCGGCGCCUUCGCCGCACCCCUGCCCACAGAACCACUGGCAGAGUCUGCUCUCCCCAAAUAUGAGGAGGCUUUGAACACGCCCGCUAAUGCCUACGCUCCACCGCCCUACUUCCCGAAUCCGAGCAAGGAGACGGAGGCGGAGGCAACACCGGAAAAGUCGCAGAAAUGA